AUGGAAGUCAGCAGCACAUAUUUUUGCCCUUCUCUUGUUCUCGAAGCAUUCGUUGGGGCCGCCAGUCAGGAUCCGUCAAUUUUGAAAAAGGCGGAAAUUCAUUUGAAGUCGUGGGAAACACAGCCAGGGUUCUAUAGCGCCGUUGCCUCCAUAUUCUUAGACACGAACAUAGAUGCCAACGUAAGGUGGGUUGCUGCCAUGUAUUUCAAGAAUGGCAUAGACAGGUACUGGAGAAAAAAUGCACCCAGUGGAAUAUCCGAAGAAGAGAAGACUUACUUGAAACAACAUUUGCUUGAAAGCUUUAAUGAGCCCAUAUUACAGAUUGCAUCCCAAGUUGCAAUACUGAUAGGCAAAAUAGCUAGGCAUGACUGCCCGAGAUUCUGGCCAUCAUUGGUCCCAGUUCUCAUCCAAUCAUUGCAGAGUACAGAUUCAAACCAGCCAAUCAAGAUUCAGAGGGCUACGUUGACUUUUUAUCAGGUCGUCAAAGCCAUGGUGUCCAAAAAGUUGCCUGCCGAUCGAAAGGUCUUCGAAGAGCUUACCAACAGUACUUUUGAGUUGAUCUUCAACAAGUGGAAGCAGUCAUUUGACGAGUUAUUUAUAUCUUUGGAGGCCAGACAACAGGCUAAUUUGUCCUUCUUGUUAUCCUAUUGUGUUCUAUUGACUAAGAUCAUGAAGAAGUUAUUAGUAUAUGGGUUUAGUGAGAUUAGGGAUGUGCAGAUGUGCAGGCUGUUCCUUAUACAGGCAAUACAAAAACUUGACUCCAUGUUACAAUCAAAACUCGUAUUUGAGAGGUUCUUGAUUAACAUGAUGAACCUCAUGAAGGAUGUUCUUAAAUGUGAGAAGUACAAAGUUUAUAGAACAUCUAACGAAGAUCAACAGAAAAACAGACUCUCCCUGAUGGUUCAGAAUGUAAAAAUCAACUUUUUCACCAUUGAAAUGUUGAGACAACUAGUCGAGAUGCUGCUGUUGCAGUACUUUUUGUUGAAAAAUGACGAGUUGCACUGCUGGGAUAGCGAUCCAGAAAGUUUCACCUUUUUUUCUAUUGAAUUUUUUUCUGUUUUGAUAGUUUCAGAGGAAUCUGGUGAUUCGUGGAAAUUUUCAUGGAGGCCUUGCGUGGAAUCUCUAUUUUUAACCUUGACAAAAGAGUUCAAGGACAUUGUCUGUCCAAUCAUAAUGCAGUUAGUCAAUCAGUACUUGCUUUCUGACUCCUCACAGCACCAACAAUCCAACGAUAUCAUUGGCCUGCUAAAAAUAGAUGCGGUGUACAAUGCAGUUGGCCUAUGCACUUAUCACUUAUACGAUUUCAUCGAUUUCGACCAGUGGUUCAACAAUCGACUCGUCCACGAGCUAGCCCUCGGUGAUGGUAACGACGGUGGCAGUGCUGGUAAUAGUAGCCGAAAUUACAGAAUAAUUAAACGUCGCGUCAUCUGGCUAAUUGGAAAAUGGGUCGGGGUGAAAAUGUCGUACUUGGAGGUCCAUUUCAAGCUCCUUUUUGAUCUUCUCAAGAGCGUGUCUGAGUGCGAAACAAAACUGUCCGUAUUACACGUGAUGACCCUGAUAAUUGAGAGGAUGGAGGCUGAUAUUCAUCCACACAUUCACUCACUCAUUCACUACCUGCCUCUGCUGUGGGACGCAUCCGAACACCACAACCUGCUCAGGUGCGCCAUCAUCACAAACCUCUCCAUGAUCGUACAGGGAUUGGGUUCGGAAUCAGUGAAUAUGCAUCAAUUCCUACUGCCCGUGAUCAAGACAAGUACAGACGUUCAGCAAGCUCAGCACGUUUAUCUCUGUGAGGAUGCCCUGCACCUCUGGCUUCACGCGGGUGGCAGCUCUAGUGGCGCCGUCGCUAGCGUCCAAUGCCCGCCACUGACGACUAGCCACGUUAUUAUGACGUCACGACUGCUCAUCCACAGUUCUCAAUCUUUCCUUCAACUUGUCAGUCAUUUGAGUGGAGGUGGUCGUCCAGAGAGCAUGGCUCUGGUAGACAGAUUAGUGGAGGGCUUGCUGAACAAAUUCGACUGUUUGUAUCAGGCAGAUAAGAAGAAGAUAUGCGUACUUGCUCUGCUAUCACUGCUACAAUCACAAUACAAUAGAUCUGUUCUAAGCAAAAUAAAUAGAGUGCUAAGUACAGUUGUUGAUACACUGCACGACGUGUGCAAGGAGGAUUUGAACGGCAGAUUUGUGGAUACCUUAUUGAUUGUAGAUGAAAAAACCUUAUCGUCCGUGAGAUGUGAUGAGGACAACGACUACGACAUAUCCACUGACAUCAUGGAGGGUAAACACCAUCAAAUAAUUAAGAAAGAUCCGAUCCAUAGCGUGUGCUUAUUAUCGCACGUUCGCUCUCUACUAGAUCUACUACAGAUGCACUGUCCCAACUUCAACGAAGAAAUAGAACUCGAAAUUCUCCAACAACUGAAACACUUUCUAUGUAAAUAAUAAUAACAUAAUUAUAUAAUAAUAAUACAAUUAUAUAAUAAUAUUAUUAUUAUUAAGAAAUCUUAAUUGCAUAAUUAGCGUAGUUAUAUCGUUAUUUUAUGGUGAUUAAUUUUAUGGCUGGUUCGCUAGUUGUGACGAUGAUGAUGAAGGUGAUACACCAUAAGAUAAUCCUUUUAAUACUUACUGUUUUUUUAGUUAGGUACAUUGUUUAUUAUUUAUUAAUAUUAUCAAUAAUAAAAUGCAUUUUAGGAUAUAUUCAUUAAUUUAUUCAUUUUCUUCGGUUUAUUUUGAAAUUUUUUUUUAUAUAGUCAUAUAAAUUGCAUCAAAAUUCUUCAAUAACUAUAAAUAAGAAAAAGAUUGCGUUUAGUCAUACGUUUUUGUAUAUAUUGUUUGUUUAUGUAUGCUAUGCAUGCAUGAGAAUUUACACGCUGGUGUACACAUGUGUGUACUUAUUUGUGUAUGUAUGUGUGUAUGUAUGUGUGUUUGUGUAUUUUAUGCCGGUAUAUUAUAUGCCCAUGUGAUUAACAUGAGUUUUUUGGUGAUAAAUUUUAUCUAAUAAACAAUCCUCACAAAUGGUUUGUUUGUUAUAUACUAUCACUAAUAAAAAAUUUGAAUUAAAAUGUAAAAAGAUAGUUAUCCUAAAUGAUUUAGUUGACUAAAUAAUGUGUGUAUGCGUGCGCGUGUGUGAUCUGUUAAGGUAUGUAGGUAUCUUCACUGAUCAGCUUCUGAUUGACUUUCUGAACUGCAUGAAACUGAGAGAAGGUUGUUACAACUGCACAAGCGGCGUUCAUAACCGCCAGGCAAACAGUUGGAACCACAAGAGGCCGGCAAAGUCUCGAAUAAAUCUUAAUAAAAGUCCUGUAGUCAGAAAGUGGAGGUAGUGGAUAACUUGCGGAUAGUUUUGCUGCAACCGUGGUCGAGAGGAUAGCUAAGAAAAAAGGUUGUGCAACACCAGAAACCAUCUGCAGGGCAGUCGAUCUGACCUCCAGGCACACUGGACAAGCAGUGAUCCCCAAUGACAGAUCCCUAGUUACAAAGAGGUUCUGCGUUGUUGAUGUUAUCAGCAAUGGCAGGAUCAUCGCCGGGCCAUACGAUGCAAAUCGGAAUCUGUUUCUUAAUAACAUCAUACGUCUCAAAUGGGUGACGUAGGCAAAACCAGAAAGAGCCCCAAAACUGCCAAGGACGAUAUGGCCAUGUUUCAUGAAGAACAUUUCCCUCUGCGGCUGCCAUCUGUCGAUGAUAUAAAAUUGUCUUUUGAUUACUUCAUUGGAAGACAUAGGAAUGGCAUUGGCCGGCAUAUCCUUCACGUUCUGGACGUAACCAAUUUCGCCCGGUCUACCAUUCCUCUUUUCCAAAUUCUCCAUUUUCCGUAGUAAAACUCAAUUUAAAAAAUAUUGAUUAAAAUAGAAAAAGUACGAGGUUUACUAGAAAAGCAGGCAAUGAUCCAAAAUUGCAAAAUGUUUAAAAAUAAGCGACAUGUUAUUGGAAUACAU